AUGUAUGAAUAUCUUACAUUGAACUAUACACAACAACAACAAAAGGAUCUGAUCGAACAAUGGUAUCAACACUUGGAUGAGGUGUUCACCCAAACUCCAAAGGAAUACUUUGUUCAGCAUCACGAGAAUGACCCUAGCCGUCAACAAAAUGUGAUAUUCAUAGCUACCGACCUGUCCACAAAGAAGAUCGUGUCCACAGUCAAACUCUUUACACGUGAGAUGUUCAUCAAUGGUGAUAAAUGUAAAGUUGCAGGUAUUGGAGAGGUCAGCACCAAGCCAGAGCAUAGGGGUCAAGGUCUAUCGUCCAAGUUAUUGGAAAUGGCUCAUCAAUAUCUCACCAACAAUGGAUAUAUGUUAUCUUUCUUGUUCAGCAAUAAGUACUCGGCAAUGUAUCACUCAAAGGGCUGGAGCUACGUUCACAGGGAUAUCACUGUUGAGGAUGUCAACGAAAAAAUAGUACCAGAGAGUGAUGGCCACAGUCUCUUACUAGAAAGAAUGGAUACUAUCGACAGUACUACUCUGGAGUCAUACUUCCAGAUAUUGGUGGAACAAAAACCAAUCGACCAACAGCAAGGUAGCAUCGUUAGGUCCAUCCAGUAUUGGAAGGAAUGGAUCAUCCACAAUGUUGAGCCACAUUCAAAGGGUACAAUUGGAUGGGUGGCAAAGGAUUCAAGUACGAACACAAUUGUUGGUCAUAUCAUUACAUCAUUGUAUGGUGAGAACAGUGAUACUAUGGCAGUGAAGGAUUUAGGAUCGAUCCAUAACAAGACUCAACAGAACACCUGCAUCAAGACAUUGAUAAAAUUGACGAUACGUCAAUACCAAACAUGUUUGCUCAACAAUCAAUCAAUCAAGUAUGUACAGUAUCCCUCACCAUUGCUCAUUACCAGUGUUCUCGGAGGUGAGCAAACACACAAACUUGACAAGUCAAUGAUGGUUCGUUUGUGUGCUAGCAACAACAAUUCAGUGCCAUCAUCAUCGACAACCUGUGAAUCUUUAUUCCCUUUGGAUAGUGUCAUUUACUGGGAUAUAGAUAAGUUAUAA